AUGUCUAGCUCAAACUGUGUUACUGCUUUACUUGCAAAUACGAAACUUACUGGUGAUAAAUUUAAGAAAUGGAAAUCAAACAAGAACAUUGUUUUGAUUUGUGAGAACCAUAAGUUUGUCUUUACUGAGGAAUGUCCUGAGGUCCCUACUGUAACUACUCCAAAGCUGUUAGGGAUAAGUAUGAUGCUUGGAUUUUAUCCAAAAACAAGGCUAAAUGCUGCAUGCUUGCAAUUCGAUCCAUGCAGACAUGAGACUACUAGAGCCUAUAUGAACAAGACAAUGAAGAAAGGAGUUUCUGUCAAAGAACAUGUUCUAAACAUGAUCAAUACAAUGCAUGAUGCAGAAGUUCAUGGAGCAACCAUUAAUGAGAUGACUCAAAUUCUUUGUUCUUCGAGGGAGCUUGCUAAUGAGGAGCUGAUUAUGAGGGUUGGCAGUGGUUAG